GCAGUGUAAUGACAGGGGAAGGCUAUCCUAGUGGGAUGUCACCAAUGUAAUGAGGUGUGGUGAGUCGCGUUCCUCCUUGUUGGUACUGUUUUUUGUUCUUGAGUGUAGAGUUAAAGUUGCCGCAGGUUCUAUAUUUAUUAACACAGGAAUACUCCCGCUAGAGUACAGUGGACACGCUUGGCAGAGACGUCCAAGCAGGAGCGACUUGCCAAGCCCGCGAGGGUGAGCGGUCUUUGUGAGCUUGAGGUGUUGACCGAGGCAAGGCUGAGGGCAGAGUGACCUCGGCUCUGAGUUUUUGAGUCCACAGUUCAAGCCAAGUCGUCCCUUCAGAGAAAUGAGCAGCACUGGAAACCUUCGGCCGCUUCCCUUCACCGUAGAUCGAGUGUCAGAUAAAGAGGUCUCUCGGUUACGCUCCUGGGGAUUCAGUGGUCAUGCAGAGAUCGUGCGGACUAACCCAUCCCGUGUUAACCUCCCGCCUGCGUACUCGCACUUGGCUCAUGCCUACUACAACUUCGAAUUCCGUCCGGACGACCUUGUGCUCGUGACGUACCCCAGGAGCGGGACGACCUGGACGUCGGAGAUCCUGUGGGCCAUGAGGAACGUCGGUCUUCUGGAACAGGCCGAGGAAAUCACGAGUGGCGACCGCACGACGUUCAUUGAUAUGGAUUUUCUGAUGCCUUCCCGUGCUGACGAUGACAAUCCUAAGGUAAAGGAAUUCCUCUCACUUUUCCCCGAAGGCCGCGUGGAAGAUGGGGUCGUCCUGCAAAUGACAAAAUGGCAUAAGGGUCCUCGGAUCAUUAAGACGCACUUGCAGAUCGACCUUCUCAACCCCGACCUUCUCGAUACGUGCAAGACGGUGUACGUCGCCCGCAACCCCAAGGAUGUGUGCGUGUCUCUUUUCCACCACGGCAAGAUCAGCAAAAUGGACCCUUUCGAAAGCGAGUUCCCCGACUAUGCUGAAGCCUUCAUGGCCGACCAGGUGCUGUUCGGCCCUUACUGGGACCACAUUAAGCAGGCCUGGAAGCGGAAGAACCACGCCAACCUCCACUUCAUGUUCUAUGAAGACAUGAAACUUGACAUCCUUGGCGAGCUUACGAAACUGGCCCGGUUCCUGCAGCUGGACUUCACCGAGGAGCAGCUGAAGGCCAUCUCGGAUCACGCGAGUUUCGGGCGCAUGAAGUCCCGGCACGAGCGAGGCGCCUCCGGCCACAACCACACCCCCGGCUUCUUCCGCAAAGGCCAGACCGGAGACUGGGGCAACGCGGCGUCCGGGGAGCUCACGGCUGCCAUGGACCGCUGGAUCGCUCACAAUUCGCAGGACACUGAUAUUGUGUUCAAAUAUAAGUGAUAUGUGUGUAUAUACGCGCACACACACAUAUGUAGUGUGUGUGUGUGUGUGUGUGUGUGUGUGUGUGUGUGUGUGUGUGUGUGUGUGUGUGUGUGUGUGCGCGCGCGCGUGCGUGCGUGCGUGCGUGCGUGCAUGUGUGGGGGGGAGGGGGUGUCAGCAUAAAAAACAUUUUUGAAAUAUAUAGGUAUCAGUGUAAAAAUGUACAACAUGCAAAACAUGUGUUGUCAUAUAUAGAUAUAGCGUCUAUAAAAUUACUGUUGAUGUUAACCCAAAUAUUUUCUGAUAUUAACAACAUUGCCAUUUAUUCAUUUUCUUUGUUUAUGCCAUCCAUUUUCUAUGCCUUAACUUCCUCUGGGAGUCGUUCUGUCCCGCAAGUGUUCCUCGAAGAGAUUUGGGUCUAUUUGAGUUGGUAUAAAAAAAAAAUAUAUGUUUACGCAUGUUA